UUGAUGUGAGAGUAAGCGUUGUUUCAAGUGAAGAAUUACUUAACUAUUUCAUCAUGGCGGUGAGUAAAUUAAUUUUACCGAUCAAUGAUGGUUAUUAGCUGAAAAGGCUACUACAAAAUUUCAUGGUUUGUGGGGUUCAGUUUGUUGAGAAUUGGGGGGUACGAUCAAACUACUCUUUGAUCGGUUGGUGUAUGUCAUUUUUCGAUACACUAAUUCAUCCUGACAAUUUUAGAUAAGUACGAAAGAUCAUCAAGCCCUCAACCUUUUUGAGCGUUUGAUAUUUCUUAUCAAUUCGUGGCUAAUGUGACAAAAAUUUGAAAAAAAAAUCCGUCCUCGAAUUCUCAAAACCCGAUCCAUUUCGAGACAUAUUAAAACUUAACUUCGUGGAUUCAUUUGGAAGCAUACGCGCGUACACCGUUGUCGUAUUUGCCCGCUGGAAUUUUUCAUUGUUCCACGGGCAAAAUAGGAUAGUUAUACGCGUAUACUGCAAAUGAAUCCACCCUUUACUUCUAAUUGGAUGUACCACUAUACUAAGCGGCAGCGACUGUAUUAAAGGCUUUCACCAACAAACUGCAAGACAAUUGAAAACCAUGCAGUGGAGGUCCAUGCAGAUCGCUGUGUUUACCAGACCAUGGCACAAUUAAUUAACUUAACAACCCUCCAAGUUAAAGCUUUUGCCUGGUCACCAUUUGGCAACCAACUCUUUUCGUUUAGGGAGGCUUUUUUACGAAUCAAGUCACCAGCUGCAAAAUUUUAGGCGCCAUGGCGACCAAAAUGGUCCCAACUUGGAGGGUUGCUUAAUGAGAUCUGAAUAUGCACUGCUAUCCUGCAACUUGGAACGAGAAUAUUGUCUACAUGUUAAGAAGUUGUGAGGUGCAAUUUCUUCAUACUACAUACAAACUGCUGUAAAUAGUGUAGCCUGAGAAAACAGCAGACAUUUUCUGGUUUCUCCAUCUGAAAAACAGGUGCAGAAAAUCCAUACUGCUGCAAGAUCUGAGUAAUGCUUCUGUUGGCUGAAGAAAAAUUCUCACAUGGCACAACCAAUCAGAAGCACUACCCAGAUCUGGGUAGUGUGUGUCAUUACCAUAGAAUUUGUGAGCUCGUUUGUCAGACGUCAUUUUGCGGGUAAACUAGUGGUGGACGCUGGUUUUUCAAUCUGUAAAUAAUGGUAAUAGGACUGAGCGGAGUCCAGUUUGGUCUGUAAUCAUACGAGUGAUUAACAAAAUUGGAUGAUUGCUUAGCGGGAGACUGAUUUGUUUAAUCACAAGUGUAACAAAAUUUGUUAUAUUUUAGGCUUUUUUCUAAUAUUUAAAAAACACAAGAAAUUCCAAGAAUUUUUUUGCUAGCAGUGAAAAAAGCCUUUUAAACAGACAUGUGCGACGGUGCGCACUGUCCAAUUACAGGCAUAACGUGUACUGUCCUAUCACACUGUCCUAUUAGUGCUGAAAUCAGGACAGUUGAUAGCCAAUCAGAUUUGAGAAUUUUGCUAUAGUUAUGAUUAAUAGUGUAAUGAUAUUAAUUUAUGACUGGUUUAUUCUUUAGACUAUGCCCUUAAAUCCAAAGCCCUUCCUUAACGGGCUAACAGGAAAAGCCGUGAUAGCAAAGCUUAAAUGGGGACAUGAAUACAAAGGAUAUCUUGUGUCUGUGGACGGAUACAUGAACCUUCAGGUAUGGCAUAUGAAGGGUAGCCGGAAUCACAGACGAGACUAAACUCUGGGUUUAGUCCUUCUGUGAAACAGCGCCAAAAUCCUUGUCCUGGGCCCAAACCUGUAGACCAGGAUUUGAGUACUUGCGGUAAUUAGUUUGUUAAAAAAGCCAUUGCUGAUUUGCCAAUAAAGAUGAAUGCACUUCUGCUUAUUUUUUGAGCCCCUGGUACUGAUAAUUUUUCUUAAAAAAGGAUAGAUAUUGUGAGAAUCUGUUAAGUACGUAGUAACGUAGGUUUUCUUUUUGGCAACAAUGAUCAGUUAGCAUUGCUUUUCUCGCAGCUUGCCAACACAGAGGAGUAUAUUGAUGGGAGCUUAGCAGGUAAUCUUGGGGAGGUUCUUAUCAGGUAAGUUUUAAUUGUUACAGUGUUUAAGUUACAGUUCCAUGCAGAUAAAAUAAAAGACUAUUGUAGAUAGAAACUGAAACAGUGGCCGCAUUAAGGUGGUGGUACAUGGCCUGUAAAAUGUAUUUCUCAGAUUUGUCAAAUACAUGGUCCAGACAAAAUUUUCUGUAUUGACCUUGUUAGAAACAUGAACAGAACUGGAGCUGAAAACGAUUGUGGGAUCAUUACCGGGGUUGUGCUGACCAGCUUUUGGCUAUUUGCUUUCACCCUGCCCCCAAUAAGAAUCCCAGAUGUCUUUGCAAAAGUUAACAAGUCCCAGUCUCCCUCUCUUUUCCAAAGUGGCAAAUUAUAAGGAUAGGAAAUGUCAGACUUAAUGUAUUUAAAUGUCAACCUUUUCUUGUACUUAAUGAUAAUUAAUGAUAGAUUGAGGUUAUUUUGGGUGUUAUUUUUACUAGGUGUAACAAUGUUCUGUAUGUGCGUGGAGUGGAUGAGGAAGAGGAAGAUGGCGAGAUGAGAGAAUAAUAUUAUUGGACUGUCAGAAAUAUGUUUUCUCUGUAUUAUAUUUAUUGUUGUACGAAAAUUUUGUGUUCCUCUAGCUGAGAGUUAGGCUCUUUCCAUUUCAUUGAGUGUCAUUUAAAGCAAAUUUUUAUUCCCCAUAAUUGCAAUUCGUUGGAUUGUUUUCAAGUGCUCACAAAAUAGAAAAAAAAUUACCUUCCCUUUUUCCACUAUUACAUACUGUAGGGUAAGCCAAAGCUUUGUAAGACAGCUUAAAGAAAGUUUUGAAAUAAAG